GCAUUUGCUUACGGAUCGCAACGGGCCGUAGUUUUGUGUUGUGUUCUCCAUCGCAUAGUACAGAAGAAAAAAAACACAACAUACAAAUAAAAUUUGGAUGUUAAUGAAUGUUAAUUUAUACAUUUUGUAAGAAUCGACAAAAGCGACAAUAACAACAAAAAAAAAACCUCUGCCACAAACAAUAAAAUAUCAUUGACAGACAGGCGAGAGAACGCGCAGUCGAUUAGUUAGUUAUUUUUCGCCGUGAUUUCGUGAAUUCGGGACGCAGUCGUCUAUGAUACAUUGACGCUAUCGGACAUGGAUCCCGAUUUCGUCAACAAAUACAAUCAGGUGCUGAGUCGCCUCAAGCUUGUCGAAAACUUUGACGGUGAUCCCGGCAAGCUACCGCAAUUUCUCCACAAAAUCGAAGCUCUAAUGCCGGCCAUAAACACAUUCGAUGACUACUACAAGGCACAGCUGGUGGGUCACAUCAAGAACAAGUGCACGGAUCGAGCCCGCGAGGCGGUCUUCACACGUCAGCUGAGUGCGCCGGCAGGCAACGGACAUGUGGCAGGAAAUGGGACCGCUUUGCUCAAAGCCGAGUCCUGGCACAAGCUCAAGGAACAGUUGCUGCACAAUUUCGCGGAACGAGAAUCGAGUUACGCUCUAAUACACAAGAUCCGAAGUGCGGUGCUCGACUCGAAUAUCGAAUUGUAUUAUCAGAAGAUGGCGAAGCUCAAGCAGCGUCUGCUAAAUCGCAAACUCACCCACAACGACACACUCUAUGCGCUGGAGGACAUUGAAAGGAUCACGCUUCAAGUUUUUCGCGAUCAUUUGCCCGAACCCACGCAUUCGAUGAUCUUGCGGCGCAAUCCCAAGAGCAUGGAGGAAGCCUAUCGCUACAUCGUGGAGGUGCAACAACAGUUCUACACGCAGAGCGGACCUCUCGGAGGUGAACAUGGCGCCACCUUUAGCACCAGCCACAAGCAAACCUUUGGCAUUGGCAUGGGCGGAGUGGGCAUGGGAACCGUGGGCAUUGGCAGCGUCGGAGGCUCAGGGGUGGGCAUGGGAUUGGGCAUUGCUUCGGUGGGUUUGGCCAGCACGGGACUCUCAUACAAUCGCCAGCUGUCGGACAAGGGUUUCAACAAUCAGUACCAACAGCAACAGCAGCAGCAGAACAACAAGAGCUAUUACAAUCAGGCUGCUCCAGCUGUCGGAGCUGGCAAAACGAGUCCCAUGUUCAAAAGCAACGGCAAUCCCUCCUUCAAGUCUAGCUUUAGCUACAAUGGCAGCAGCAGCAGCGGUGGCUUUAAUAAUUCCUAUUCGAGUAGUAAACUGGACAAGAGCAACAAGUCCAAGGAUGCGGGCAAGACCAAGGGCAACACAGGCAGCAGUUGGCGCAAGUAAAGUUGCGGGUUUUAUGUCAUGAGCUAAUUCCCCCAUUUUCACUCUCCAUGACCUAAUCUCUGACUAAGCCAAUGAUCGGCUCGCAGUGCGAUUUGCCAUUGCCAUUGCAUGCCUCAUGCUAAUUAUUACCCCCCACCUUUGCUCUUCCCCCUUCAUUCCCCUUCCCAUCUGCCCCUGACCCUCUCUAAUAGACAGGUGGAUGCCGAGCCGGAUGAUUCCGCUGCUGUUGCUGCUGUUGUUGCUGCUGCAAUUCACCGAUGAUGAUGAUGAUGAUGAUUGCACUCCCGACACUGAACCCGCCAUGGCGCAUGUUAAUUAUUAGAUCAUAAGACUCGAAGUGUAUAUAUAUUGCCCCCCUCCCCUAGACUCCCCUCUCGUUGUAAGCCCUAAUUCCCCUAACUGAAAUAUAUUGUUGUUGUUUAUGAAAUAAAGUGUCAAGUCUAACACCAUUGAUAAUCGUCUA